AUUGUCUUCGUACUUCUGGUCUAUGUACAAAGCGGAAGGCCCAAGUUCUUCGUGCAAUCCCUCAAGAGCUGAGAAAGAGGGGCAGCUUAGCUUCAUGCUGUCAGCCAAGCUUGGCAUAGUUAGUUCCCCGUAGUAGCGACUUAGACUAUUGAUUCGCGUCUCUUUGGAGCAUGGAGUCUCAAAGGACCCGAGCCUGUGGUGAUGGCUCUCGGAACAAGGUUAGUCCCUGCUUCGUGUCUCGGCAAGGGUACGAGCAGUUCACUGAGUCUCGUGAGGUAGUUCUGGAGGAUGUUUCCAUUGAUCUUGCUCUUUCGCUCCUCCAAGAGCCACUAGUUGGGGAUCCAUGGUCCAGAACUCGAGCAAAGUGGUCUGAAAUCUUUGGCAAUCGCAUGGCCGGCCCUCGUGCUUCGUACCAAAAGCCGGGUGGGGAAUUUUCCUUCCUCCUCCCCGACCCACGUUCCGUCGCCGCUGUCUCCAUGCGCCCACAUCAGUGGCUCCUUGACUAUGCACCUGCUCUAUCCGGUAUGUCGAGACUUUCACCCUUCCAUGGUCCCAGUUUUUCCUCUCGAGUGGGGUUCAAGAAGGUUGCCAAGUCUCAAUUCUUUUCUGGGAGGGUUCGGUCUUCUACCCGUCCAAUUUGCUUCUUCUUCGUGGACUCUGUAUCCCAACCCAUCAACUUCGUCCAACGAAGAACCGCUUGCUUGGAAAUUGCGGACAGGAGAAAAUAUCCCUCAAGUCCCUUUUUUCAACUCUAAUCACGAGUUUGAACCAGACAAACGUUAUCAUGCUCUCCAGGCAAAGCCCUUAGCCACCCGUUCAUGGGUGCGUGCCCCGUCUUUCUGCAUAUCUGAUAGUCGGACUGCAGUGGAACCUUCACCUAUUCUCCCGUGCGCGCGAUUUGAGGUUGGGAGGGGGGGGGUAGAAAAGGCAAGGAAUGUGUGGAUGGAUCUUGCACCGCUGCAUGGUCACUCUACAGCCGUGCGAGAUGGAAUGGAUUCCCCUGUCGCUCAGUCCCUUAGGGUCCAGUCAAACUUAAAACAACGACGCUAGUCCCGAGCCAUAGCGAGCU